AUGAUAACUGUCGUUGAAUUCCAAAAACGCGGGCUUCCACACGCACACAUGCUCAUCAAAGUUACUCCGGAACCUUCUAUCGACGCUCUCGAUAACAUCAUUUCCGCUGAGCUCCCUCGAUCUCCAGCGGAUGCUGCACUUCGUGUCUCCAUUCUUCGCACUAACCUGCACAGCCGUACACACUUAUCAGGGCCCUCUUACUGCAACCGAGACGGUCGGUGCCGAUUCGGAUUCCCUCAUCAGCUUCGUCAACAAACAUCGAUCGACUCCCACGGUCGUGUUCACUUUCGCCGCAGAUUAGAAGAAGAUGCGUGGGUUGUCCCUUAUAUCCCCGCACUCAUUCUGUAUAUGGAUUCCCACAUUCAUGUUGACGUUUGUCUCUCUGUCAACGUCUUCAUGUACCUCUUCAAGUACCUAUUCAAGGGGCCUGACCAGACUAGAUUCCGUAUGGAUGACAGCUCACUUUCAGACAUGUCCAACGAGUACAAGGAUUACGUCUCCGCCCGGUACCUCUCUUCGUCAGAGGCAGCCUACCGCAUCUUUUCCUUCAGUAUAGUAUCCAAAGAACCCUCCGUACGUUGUCUCAGUAUUCACUUAGAAAACCAGCAGCUGGGACAGAUGUGGCGCAUUUCUCAGGACCAGUCUUUCAUGAGUGACCUCCUAUGGUACUUUCAGCGUCCCCAUGAGCCACCGUUCGACAAUCUCACCUAUUGUCAAUCUUACGAACGCUUCUACUAUGAUACUUGGCAAGUGGGCAGGACGCUGAGGAAUAACCACAGGUUGAUUGCGCUCACUCGAUCCAGCAGGGGACCACGUCAGAGAGUACUGAUCGAACGACGUCUCGGCUCAAUCAUAACCCGCAUUCAUGCCGUUCCGCCUCGACUUGGAGAACUUUUCUACCUUCGAGUUCUUCUGCAGAAUCGGUCGGCUUACAGUUUUCUCGAUUUACGGACUGUGGAUGGCAUCGCUUGUCCAUCCUUUCAGGAAGCGGCCAUUGCUCUUGGUCUGUUUCGCAACGUGAAUGAGGCGACAUACGCUAUGGAGGAGGCUAUUUCAUCCUUCAGUCGACCGGGUCAGCUGCGUUUCUUUUUCUCGCACUUACUCCUGGACUUUCCGUCUCCUGCGGUUACUCUUUGGACCCGGUUUUGCCCAGCUCUAUCUGCUGACUUUGCUUUGCACCAGACUCAAGAUACUGCCACCACUCGGGCCCUGCAAAGUAUAUCCCGAAUCCUCCGUGCCAACGGUGCAUCGCUACGUCAGUUUGGCCUUCCCGAACCACUACUGGUAGAGCGCGAGUUACAAAUGGAAAUCCAGGCUUUCGCUCCACUUCAAGACACCCUCUUGACACGAAGUCGUCAAAAUUACGUUAUGCUCAACCAAGAACAACGCCGUGUUUUCGAUUUAGUUUAUUCUUCUCUGACAACUGGGGGCUGUUUUUUUGUUGAUGGGAAAGCAGGACGAGGCAAGACCUUCCUGAUGAGUACACUUUGCGACCGUGUCCGUGCUGAAGGACAUAUUGUUUGUAUCGUUGGUUCCACUGCCCUAAGUGUUACUCUCUACGAACGUGGGCGAACAGCCCACUCUGCCUUUGGGAUUCCUGUCCACGACACCGAUGCUGAGAUACUUUCUCACCUUGCCCCUACUUCAGGUCGUGCUGAACUACUAAAGCAUGCCAUUCUGGUUUUAUGGGAAGAGCUGCCGAUGGCGAACAAAACUGCCGUUCAGUGUGCAGAUCAUCUUCUUCGAUCUAUUACCGCGCGAGACGUACCAUUUGGGGGUAAGUGUUUCGUUGGCGUUGGCGAUUUUCGCCAAGUCGCUCCAGUCACUCCUGCCACCACCGCUCCGGCGUCGGUCUUUGAUGCGUCUAUUCGAUCCUCCUAUCUUUGGCAAUCUUUUCAGAUUCUGCGCCUUUCCACCCCUCUGAGAAAUGCCUUGGAUACGACAUAUUCCGAAUGGCUAGACAAAGUCGGUGAUGGGGUUCCCCCUUACGAUACGACAGUGGAUCUGAGUCAUCUUCGCCGGCUGCGUACUAUUAACGAGGCCAUCGAUUUCCUCUUCCCGGACACAACCCUCGACGAACCGAACCAGUCCGUUCUCCGGUCUUUCCUGAGCCCCUUCAACUUCCGUGUUGAUGAGUUUAAUGGAACUGUAAUUCGUCGACUACGUGGAGACGAAGUUUCGUUACUUAGCAGCAACCGAAUCAAGGAAAUGGAAGAUUCCACCCAAGCACUGCCACCUGCAAUAGAAGCAGAAUAUCUAGCCUUGCUGGAAGAGCCGGGUGUGCCUCCACAUCGACUUUCACUGAAAGUCGGCGCCAUUUGCAGCAUAAUGCGAAAUCUCGACAUUGACAAAGGUCUGGUUAAGAACGCCAGAGUUCGAAUUCAAAUGAUAGGCCGUCAUACUAUCCAGGUCCAGCUCCUGCGAUACGACUUUCGGGCCUCUGAAGCCAACGUUUACUACCUUCCGCGGAUCACUUUCGACUUUCGGCCCAACAGAACGAGUUGGACUGUCCAAAGACGUCAAUUUCCACUAAGGCUAGCAUAUGCCACCACCUUCAACAGCUGCCAGGGUCUUACUCUUGAUCGAGCUGUCCUUGAUCUGCGAGACUCUGUUUUCGCCCAUGGUCAGCUAUACACAAGCCUUUCCCGCGUCCGUCAACAAUCCGACCUUUGUGUUCUGCUUCACGAAGACAAUGAAGCUGCACAGACGACGAACGUUGUUCACCAUCGGCUCCUCCUUCUAGAACCAACUUGA